AGUCACUCUCACGGUCAUUGCUCUCAAAGUCAAAAUCAAGCCUUAUGCUCAAACAAGUCGCUUCAACCAAAAGCAGCCAAAACGAUUCCUUUCCGUCAUUAUUCUAGUAAGGCUAGUUUUGGAAAUGUUAAAGGGACACCCUUAUGGCUGUACAUGCCCAGUGCAACAGCUCCUCUGGCUCUCACCCAAUCUGUCGUGAAGAAGGAUCAGGUCAACUGGCAGUCAUCAUUAUCCCGAGCUUGCUGGCUCUCAGCACCCUGAUCGUUGUGUCUCAGAUAAUAUGGAGCUUUAUUACCAAAAGAUCAUCGUCUCAGAUUAUAACACGCUCAUCUUCAAAUGUAAAUGAAAGGGAGCCUGUACCUUUGGACACAGGCUUUGGGAGCAUGCGGCCUGCACAGGAUGCUCUGGAUCCAUGGGAGAUACCUGCUCAGUGCACUCUGGAGGGGGUGGAGCCGCUUCAGAAGGGACGCUAUGGACCAAUCUGCACGGGACAGCUAAAACAAGACAGCACAUCCACUGCUGCAGUGAUUAAAACUCUUAAAGAUGGGUCAAAUCGAGCGGAGGCUACUGAAUUUUUGGAUUUUGUCCUUUUCAAUGCAGCAGUGAGCAAACAUGAGAAUAUAGUCAAGAUGUUAUACUGCCAGACACGCCGGAUGCCCAUGUACCUGGUUUUGGAGGCAAGUGUUCCAGGGAACCUCCUGCAUUUUCUCUGGAGUCUUCGAGAGAACAGAUGUGACUCAAGUGGUAACGUCCAGACCUUUUCAGAAAGCUCCGUUUAUCUUGUAGCUAAACAGGUCGCAGCAGGACUGGACUAUUUACACUCCUACCACAGAAUUAUUCAUGGGGAUGUCGCAGCCCGGAACAUGUUGAUUGGUUCAGAGCUCUCUGUGAAAGUCUCUGGAUUGGAUUGGGCUUUCAAGAGCCGUCAGUCGAGAACAGUCAACAAAGAACAAGAAGCCAAUGUGCCGGUGAAAUGGAAGGCACCUGAACGGAUGAUGAGGCUUCCCCUAACAGACAGAAGUGAUGUAUGGUCCUUUGGAAUCCUGCUUUAUGAGAUGAUAACCCUGGGGUGUCCUCCCUAUCCUGACCUGGAUCCAUCUGAAGUGCUGCCAAACACUUUAGCCUAUUACCAAAUGAAAAGACCAGAAAACUGUGGACGCCCAUUGUAUGACUUAAUAAAGUACUGCUGCAUGUGGAAUUUCAAGGACCGGCCUGUGUAUUCUGCUAUUAUCCGGCUUCUAGACUCAUACAAAAACUUCGCUGACACAAAACCACUUCGCGUUGGACAGCAAAUGGACAUCUGUGAAUACAGGAGAAAAGCAGGACUGCCUCCAUGUGAUCUGUUCGAUCUGAGAACUUGUAAUUGAUCAUUUGUACGACGCAUGAAAAUGGCACAACUGAUUCGAUUCCAAUAAGACUGACAUGAAGUACAUUUUAGCCUUGUCACAACAGGCAGAAUGUCACUAGAGGUCGCCCUAUUUCUUGAAACCGGAGAUCGCAUGCGAAGUGGUCAACUAAAAUUAAUCUCAAUGCUUGCAGCUAAUGUAAAACAAAACAUAUAAUAAAAUGUUUUGAACGUU